AGAUUAAAAAAGGAAAAAAUAUUUGAAAUGAUAUGGAAACCCUAAAAAACAAAUCUUUGACAAAAAGGGGGGGAAAUAUCAGAUCAAAUUAAAACACUCAUCCGUCUUUACAUUCCACCGAAAUACACGCAGCUCUUAAACAUUUCAAGAUUCUUCAUUCUCUUCGUAUUUUUUUAUGAAAGAUUAGCUGCAAUCAGUUUACAACCACAGCUUUGUUACAAAAUGAGAAGAAAUCUGAGCCCGGUGGUUAGACGCCAGUUGGAAAAUCUCGACAAAGAUUCAGACAGUCGAAAAUUCGCCAUGAAAGCAUUAAAGUCAUACGUAAAAGAUUUGGAUUCGAAGGCGAUCCCGAUCUUUCUCGCUCAAGUUUCCGAGACCAAAGAAACCGGUUUAACAUCGGGUGAAUACACAAUCUCGCUGUAUGAAGUUCUCGCUCGGGUUCACGGCCCUAAGAUCGUUCCACAAAUCGAUAACAUCAUGUUGACCAUCAUCAAGACCUUGACAUCCAGUGCCGGCUCGUUCGCUCUUCAUCAAGCUUGCUCAAAGGUGGUCCCCGCCAUAGCCCGAUACGGAAUGGACCCCACGACACCCGAUGCCAAAAAGAGUGAAAUUAUUCACUCUCUUUGUAAACCGUUAUCGGAUUCUCUUUUAUCCAGCCAAGAGAAUUUAUCGUCCGGCGCUGCACUUUGCUUGAAAGCGCUUGUCGAAUCAGAUAACUGGCGGUUUUCUUCGAGUCAAAUGGUCAACGAGGUCUGUCAAAGGGUAGCUGCAGCUUUAGAAAAGCCUAUGCAGGCGAAUUCGCAUAUUGGUUUAGUCAUGGCUUUAGCUAAACAUAACGGGUCAGACGUUGAAGGUUACGCAAGACUAUUGGUUCGGGCCGGUGUCGGGAUUUUAAACAUGGGUUUAACCGAGGGGAACUCGCAAAAACGGUUAUCUGCUAUUCAAAUGGUUAACUUUUUAAUGAGGAGUUUGGAUUACAAGUGUAUAAUGUCGGAACUACACUAUGUGAUUGAAGAGUUUCAAAAGUGUCAAAGCGAUCAAAUGGCGUACGUUAAAGGUGCGGCUUUCGAAGCGAUACAAACGGCUAAGAGAAUUUUAACCGAGAAAGGAUCUAAACGCGAGCAUAGAAGUGUAUCACCUCGAUCACAAACCAUUGAAUCGUUUGGUGAAUACAGUUCGUCUAUCUCGUAUUCGCCGAUUUUAACAAAUUUUGCAUCACGCGAUAGUGAUCCGGAUAGUAGAAGUAUUAAUCGAAAACUUUGGAGGAAUGUCGACGUGUCAUUAAAAGACGGGUUGUUUUCGGGUGACAUGGGUACUCCUAGAAGCGUCAUCGAUAGCUCCGAGACCCAAGAGGAUUACGACGAUGAGUUUUCGGGCUUCAUGCUCACCCCGACCAAUGGUGUGACGGUAACCUCAAGAAGCGCGACUCCUAGUCCUCAGAAAUCAAGAUCGUAUGUUAAUAUCGACAACACUGACCUUUUCACCACUCCUAAAAAACUAGUGAAGUCUCUUCAGGUUUCAAACAGCGACUGCUCAGAAAAUCAAAGCCGAAGAUUCAGAAGCCCGCCCUCCAGCAAAUUCAACUGGAGCCCGAAUUCAAGUUAUGGUCAAAGCGGUUUCAAUGAGAGUUUCACCAACGAAAAUGAACAGUUUAAUGGUGCCUCAGAAUCGGUGUCUUCAACUGAAGACAUCAUGACUAAUGGGAGCAACAAUUUGCAGCUGUCUCAAGAACCUGUUCCUGAAACUAAGGUGAAGUCGAAAGUGCAGAUAUCACUGGUUAUCAGCAUUGCUUCCGCGCUUUUCGUUCUAAUAAUUGCAGUUGUUUGUUUCUUGUGGAUGCGAGAUCUAGAUGAUGGUUACGACAACCUCGUACCUACCUAAUUUCUUGAAUUGUUCUGUGUUUAGUACUAGAAGUGAUGAAUGUUAUGUAUAAGGAUUCUUGUUGUAGCAUUAAGCAUUAUGGAAUUUAAUUUGUUCCAUGUUCUUAGA